AUGGGAGAUUACGGGCCCGGAGUGUCGUCGCUCACGGCACAGUCACCUGGGAAUCCGCCUGUCUCUGGUACAGAUCAGGAUGAGAUUUCAGUUCUUGUAACAGGCUUUGGGCCAUUCAAGUCUAACCUAGUGAACGCCUCAUAUCUGAUAGCCUCAUCACUACCACCCUCGUUCACCUUCUCACCUGCCUCUUCAGACGGCUCUGACUCUGUUUCCCACCGGGUUUCAAUAAAUGUCCAUCCUUCACCCAUACCCGUUGCAUACUCCACGGUGCGGACGACACUUCCUGUCAUUCUCGAUGACUAUGCAAAGACGCAUGGGGGCCGACGUCCAGACAUUGUAAUUCACAUUGGCAUAGCAGCAAUGAGGAAUUACUACUCCGUGGAGACGCAGGCCCACCGUGACGGGUAUUUGAUGUCUGACAUCAAGGGCAGAUCCGGCUACGAGGAUGGGGAGAAGCUAUGGAGGGAGCUCGACUUGCCACUGGUGCUUAAAGCUGGCCCUUCAGAGGGACACGCCUCGGAGAAGAAACGCCUCAGCCCCCGGCCCCCAGACGAUGACUUUCUAACAGCAUGGAAGUCCUUUUGCCCUCCGGAAACCGAUGCGCGGGUCUCCACUGAUGCUGGACGCUAUCUCUGCGAGUUCAUCCUGUACACCAGCUUGGCACUGGCGUACCAGGCGGAUAAGGAUCGCAAUGUUACUUUCUUCCAUGUUCCUGCGUCAUGCUUGGAUGAGGAUAUAGAGACGGGCAAGGAGGUUGCCGUCGCGCUGAUCAAGGCUCUUGUGACUAGCUGGAGUGAGCAGCAACACAGCGUUUCUUAG